UCUCCCCAUUCAUCUAUCUGCCUCAGACGGAGAGUCACAUCACUGGGCACGGUGUCAGAAAGAGGAGAUUCCAGCUGAAAUAAAUAUGAAAUAACAACAGAAGGGGAAUUCAUAUCUAAAGCGUCGUAUUGUUUCCUUAUCUGGGUCAGCUACGUGAGUUUUUUCGUUAACAUAGUUCGGCUUAAAAAACUGGGUUCAUUUUAAUUAUGAGUUUAAUAUUACUCGUUAUGUUUUCGCAAAGGAAUGAUUAAAAAAACCGUGACCAGAUCUCUCGCGUCAGACCACUUUUAACAACAGGAAUAUGGCAAAAAAUAUUAUAGACGUCCAAAGGGAUGAUUUAAGUAAGGUAUCGGAUGAAGAACUGCUUAAAUGUAGCAAAGAUGAGCUGCUUAGGAGACUCCGGAAAGUGGAUAGUGAAAAGAUUAACUUGAUGGUGGAACACGGGAACAUGAUGAAGGACGUCAACCGUAGAUUACAAGUGCAUCUCCACGAAAUCCGGAGCUUGAAGGAGGUCAAUCAGAAACUGCAAGAAGACAACCAGGAGCUUCGAGAACUGUGCUGUUUCUUGGAUGAUGAUCGGCAGAAAGGGAAGAAGCUGUCCAGGGAAUGGCAGAGAUUUGGCAGGUACACUGCCAGUGUUAUGUUGAAGGAGGUUGGUAUAUUCCAGCAAAAACUGAAAGACCUAGAAACCAACCAGGAGAGUGUGAUGAAAGAGAAUGUGGAGCUGAAGGAGAUCAUCCUCAUGUUAGAUGAUGAGAGGAAUGGAGCCGGAUCCAGGAGCUCCAUAGACAGCCAAUCCAGUCUGACCAAUCUGAACGGAGGUUCUGCUACUGUGAGGGAUGUUGGAGACGGGAGCAGUACCUCUAGCACGGGCAGUGCUGGGAGCCCUGAUCACCACCACAGCCAUAUUCACAAACCUUCAGAGGGAAAGAUCAUGUCUAUCAGGAGGUCUAUGGAUGAUCUUUUAACCAACCCUCUUCUCAGAAGCAUACCGAAUGGGCUCAAUGAUUCAUCUUCAAGCUACAUCCGCCAACUUGAGACUAAAGUCCGGAUUUUAGAGGAUGACAACAAGCAAUUGUUAUCCCAGCAGGGGAGCACGGGAGAUCUGAAGACACUUCGGAAAGGGCUUUCUCCGUAUCACUCAGAGUCCCAGCUCUCCUCGCCAUCCCAGUUUCAGGACACCUUACAGAAUGGGCCUGCGCGGAUGCCAGGAGAUGAUCUGUCGCCCCCCAUCACAGGAUACCUGCCAGCUGCACAGAAACCAGAAGCUGUUGUCCAUGCCAUGAAAGUAUUAGAAGUCCAUGAGAACCUAGACAGGAAGAUCCCGGAGGACUACGAGGAGGAUCUCAGUGAGAAAGAGAAAGCCAUUGUCAGAGAGAUGUGUAAUGUGGUGUGGCGUAAGCUCGGUGAUGCAGCAGGAUCCAAACCCUCCAUCCGCCAACAUCUCUCUGGGAACCAGUUCAAAGGCCCUUUGUAGCUUCCAUGUCAAUGACCAGCAGGGCCUCGAACAAACAAACAAAUCUGUGAAUAUGACAGGAGGAACAGACAGAACGGGGCAACUUCGGGAAACCACACAAAGAGCUUUGCUUCUACUGCCAGCUCCUUUCAGCCCAUGCCAUUCAGUUGAGAUAUUUCAAACCUAUUACUUAUGAUGCCCUGUGGUAGUUUAACAUAUAAUGGACUCACAAUUAGCACAAGCUAAAUAAUUACUCUAUUUAUGUGCACACCAUCCAAGAAGGCAGCUUAAUGGAUUCAUUUCUCGUUCCAGAUAAGGAAUGAAAGCACACAGCGCUUACGCAGAUAAAUUCUCCAUGGAGAUACUCUUACAAGAUAGAUCCUCUCCGCUUUCAGCUAAAAAGCUUUGUGAUUUUGGCAUAAGACCACUCCAUAUUAUUUUUUUUACCUUUUACACUACCGUUCAAAAGUUUGGGUUGUAUGUUUUUUAAAGUAGUCGCUUAUGAUCGGCAAGGCUGCAUUUAUUUGCUGCUACAUACAGUGAAAGUAACAUUGUAAUAAUACAAUCAUAUAGUGAAAUAUUAUUACAUUUUAAAAUAGCUGUUCUGUUUUAAAAUGUAGUAUAUUCCUGCGACGGCAAAGCUGGAUUUUAAGCAGGUGUUACUCCAGUCUUCAGUGUCACAUGAUCCUUCAGAAAUGAUCCUAAUAUGCUGAUUUGACGUUCAAGAAACAUUUCUUAUAAUUAUCAAUGUUGAAAACAGUUGUGGAAUUUGAAACCAUCAAUGAAUAGAAAGUUCAAAAGAACGGUGAUUAUUCACAAUAGAAAUCUUUUAUUUUCUGCUACAUUUAAUGCAUCCUUGCUGAAUAAAAGUAUUAUUUAAAAAAUAUAUGAAUCUUACUGACCCCAAACUUUCAAACAGUUGUUGUAUAUAUAUUUUUGACUUUAGCCACUCCUAUCACAUCAGAUGUGACAGACUGUUAUCAUUACACUUAAACUCAAACAUUACUUAUAUAUGUACCAGCCACAAGUUCUAUUCAUUCAUCAGUGUUAAUUAUGGACCAUUAACAUAACUGAAAAACAAAACAUAACAGUAAACCUUUUAAUAACAAACAAAUAAAGUCUUUAUUUCAGGUAGUUCAUGAAUGACAUAUUUUCUCAGGUUCCCAGAAAUACAUAUUCUAAAAUAAUACUGUAUACUUUAUUUUGAAUAAAUUCUAUUACCUGGAAAUAUUCAAAGGAUAUAUGCAGGUCAGCUCACGAGUUUAAGCAUUUAAUUAUUAUUAAUAUUUUUUUA